UUUCUGUCGCCACCAACGAGAGUUUGUAGAGAAGUUUCGUUCAAGCCAAUGAUUGUUAAGAGACCCGAUGGGAAGUAUAUGGUAGGUAGGCGACUUCGAACUUCGCACACUUAAUUUGAUUGGUUGGAAAGUAGGCGAUGCAAAUUGCUCAAAUCAAAUCGCUAGUCUUGCAGUUCUUAUUUUGGAGGGAAUUCAAAUAGGGGGAAAAUGGAACGAUUGGAUGCGGUAAAAUGUGCAGCAUUCUAUUGAUUUGGCGCUUCUCUUCUAUGAUACAUUAAAAAAAAAUUUGAUCUCACUUGUAACAUUUUUUAUAAAUAUAAAAUGAAUAUUUCCGCAGUACACGCGGAUUCGUGGAUAUAAUUCUCAUUAAUUUCUACCACUAUAAAUUUAUUACCGAAUUUAUAAUCUACUAACGACUAACCAACUAACACAAAAAAUGAAGAUCAGAUCGUUGAUUCGAGUUCGACUGACAAGAUUCUUUCCCAGUGAUCGAUAUAUAAAAAAUCGAUGUUCAGGAGCUGAUGGUGUUCUAAUUGACUUUGAAAAGAAGGAGGAUAAAGUAGACGAUUAUAAACUUUCAAGUUUUCAUCGACUGAAAAACAGUAAAUUCUCACUUCCAAAACUUCUCGUCGACCCAGUCACCACCAACUCUAACCAAUGGAUUCCCCGAUUAAUCGAAGAAAAGUCAGUGGACGGAGUUGCGAUGCGAAACUUCACCGAUGACGUCAUCUCGCUGGACAACGAGAUAUUUACAAUGAUUUGGGAUACACGGGAGCAACGAAUAACUCAUUCAAUUAUCAGUUAUCAUCGAAUUAAUGAUUGUGAUAUUAUGUGGAAUAGUAGUAUUCGGACAGCUGUACAAGACUCUUUGGAACACGAUAUUCAACCAUUGGCGGCGAGAACUCUCAGAUUUAGGGACUAUGAAACAGCCGUUCAAGAAUUCGAGAUUCUUCGUCAGAUAGGAUUCACCGGAGCCGUCAUUCGCAACCCGAAUCUAAUUGAGAUGACAAAUGAAAUAUUUGAAAAAUAACACGAACUAUGAAAUGCUCUUUUUAUUAUUUCUUUCAAAAAACUACUAAUUUUAAUUGAAAAAAUGCGUUCAGAAUUGAAUAAAAACUGCUC